AUGCUCGCCAACACCCUCCUCGCCGUCUCCGCCGUCUCCAUCCUUGCCGCCGCCACCCCACCCCCGGCGGCUCAGUGCUGCCAGACCUCGGGCUCCGCGAGCGACCCCGCGAUCUCGACGGUGCUCGCCGGGCUCGGGAUCGUCGUCCAGGACGUCGAUGCCCUCGUCGGCCUCACGUGCUCCGCUGUCUUCGUCGUUGGCGUCGGCGGCACGACUUGCGACGCGAACGCGCUCUGCUGCUCGGACAACAGCUUCGGGGGGCUCGCAUCGAUUGGCUGCGUGCCGGUCGACCUCUCUUCUUGA